AUAAUACAGUACUUAAUAUUUUUCUUAGCCUUUUUAUCAAAAUGUUUUCCAGAAUGUUGUUGGUUUUCAUAGCAUUUUCCAUGUCUGCGGUAUGUUCGAGUACGUUGGGGCCAUCUCCGGAUAAUUCGCUAGAGAGGCUUUAUCUGGUCAAUGUUGAUCCUGCGUUGUAUCAUUAUGACUGUAAGAAAUACGAACAACUUCUCGGAAAGUUGCUUCACGAAAGGUCACCAAAAGAUGCUCUAAUAUAUUGCUACAACCAAGUCGUGAGCGGAUUUGCAGCAGUACUCACCGAAGAAGAGGCUGAGAAAUUGAAAGGUGAGAAAGGGAUCUUUAGAGUAACCAAAGACGUAAAAUACACAUUCGACGUCGCACCCUAUGACUAUGAAAGUAAUAAUAACUAGUUACUUAUAUUGUAACGUAUUUUUGGUAAACUAUUCCUUGUAACGUUCAUUUCAGAACUCGGAAGACCUAAAAAAAAGAGCCAAUUUUUUUACGUAAA